AUGUCAAUCAAUACAGUCGCCAUCAUCGGCUGCGGCGCAAUUGGCGCUUCAUGGUCAGCCUUAUUCCUCGCCCAAGGUCUCAAAGUCCAGGCCUUUGAUAUCAACCCUGCGUCAGAAACAUAUCUUCGCAACUUCAUCCGCGACGCUCUUCCAGUCCUUUCAUCUAUCGGCUUGGUCAAGAACAACAACGCCAAGCCUGAAGAUGUCAUCUUCACAACCACGAUGAGCGAAGUGUUACAAAAUGCCGAUUUCGUUCAAGAGAAUGGUCCUGAGCGCAUUGACUUUAAGCGCAAGCUUUUCCAAGGCAUGGGAGAGAUGCUUGGAAGUGAAGUUAUUAUCGCGACAAGCUCUAGCGGUUUGACUUGUUCUUCUAUUCAAGAGGGUAUGACUGCUGCCGCGGUGCCGCAACGAUGUGUUGUAGGACAUCCAUUUAAUCCACCUCAUCUCAUUCCUCUCGUCGAAGUCGUCGGUGGUACACAAACAUCACCCGAAAUCAUCCAACGUACCAUGAAGUUUUACGAAGACAUGGGUAAACAACCAAUUCAUUUGAAGAAGGAAGUUCCUGGUCACGUCGCCAACCGUAUACAAGCAGCCGUCAUGCGAGAAGUCUUCCACAUCCUACAACAAGACGUCUGCGACGUGCAAGACAUCGACGACGCUGUAUCCUACGGACCUGGUCUACGAUGGGGUGUCAUGGGACCUAGUACUCUAUUCCAUCUGGGAGGUGGAGAGGGUGGAAUUGAGCAUUUUGCAGAUCACUUACUGGGGCCACUUCAAACGUGGUAUGCGCCCGAGAAUCCGGUCGUUGAUGAGAGUUUAAAGACCAAGUGGAUUGAGGGGACGAGAAGAGCGAUUGAUGAGAGGGGGUAUGGGGAUUUGGUGAAGCAGAGAGAUGAGGAGCUUGUUAGAUUGUUGAAUGUUAGAAAAGACUGGGAUGGGUAUGCUACAGGUGCGAAGGAGGAGAGCUCAUAA